ACACAAUCUUGUAUAUCACUUAAUAUAUGAAUGAAUAUCCUUAGAGACUAAUGCAACAUUUGCCGCAUUGUCAAUAAACAUACGAGUUCUUAUUUAAUAAUAUUGUCCUAUUCAUAUAUUGGUAAUAAAAUUUUAUGUAGUGAAAUUGAUGUGAAGAAUAUUCGUAACCUUGCGAAAUAUUAAUGAACGGAAAAAAUAAUUGUAUUUUGACAAAAAUACUUUAAAAAAGCAAUGGCAUCAAAUAUCUUUAAACGUUUCCAUUCUAUUCAGAUACUUUUAUUUAUUGUUAUUUUCAUAUUUAUGUUUGAAUUUGAACAAAAAGUUUUUUUUCAUGUUGAACAAUCGAGAAACAUCACACGAAGAAAGGGGUCGGAAAUAAAUCUGCUGUCACAUAAAAUGUUCGAAGUGAAGCCGAAACCUGGGUUAAUGCAACUCAUCAAUCCCACUGAACCAAAAUAUGCAUUAACGUUAAAUGGAUCUUAUCUGCUAGAAAAAAAAGAUAUAUGUUCGUCAGUGAAACACUUGAAAAUGUUAAUACUUAUUCUUUCAGCAGCAACCAAUUUUCAGAAAAGGGAUAUCAUAAGAGAAACUUGGGGAAAUACAAGUUCAUAUUCCCAAUACGGAAUAGUCAAAUUGUUGUUCCUCUUAGGAAAAUCUGUUGAUACAGACAUUCAAAGAAAUAUAAGAGAGGAAUUUAAACGCCAUGCAGAUAUCCUUCAAGGACAAGUUAUAGAUUCCUAUCAGAACUUAUCUCACAAAACUGUUUUAGGCUUAAAAUGGCUAAAUGAACGGUGCAGAAACUCGGAAUUUAUAUUAAAAACCGACGAUGACAUAGUUGUGAAUAUGUUCCUUGUUUUUCAAAAUGUGUUGCUUGAUAUUGCUGUUGAUAAAUACCAUGUGCAUUGUAAUCAUUUAAAAACAUCAAGAAUCUUGCGAUCAAAAACAUACAAAACUGCUGUUGAACCGCAUCAAUUUAGAGGCGUAAAAUACCAUAUGCCAUAUUGUCAAGGUAAUUACGUGUUGUUAUUAAAUGAUAUUGUCCCAUCCUUAUACAGGGCUGCAUCUAUUACACCAUUUUUUUGGAUUGACGAUGUUUUUAGUUAUGGAAUCAUUAUGAGUAAUAUACCUUCUUUGAAGUACAAGCGAAUCAAAUCCGAUGAACAUAUAUCGUACUCAAAACUUACUAGAUUACCUUGUUGGAAGCGAAUAUUGCCAGCAUGUUGUCAUAUAUUUAUUAAUUCUGGUAAUGAUUAUGAAACAAGGGACGUUUGGUCAAAAAUAAUGAAGCAGUAUCAAGACUUCAGCAAUAAAACGUUAAACUAUUGCUGAAAUAUGUUUUCAACAUACGAAAUAUCAAUGAAAUAAUAAAAGCAAAAUACUUACAAAUACAGUGAACUCAUUUGUGUAU